ACUGUACGAUCUGUUUGUCUUUCCGGUGGUACCAGCUUGGCCCCCCAGACCGCAUCGCUCCGCCUCUCGAUCAUGGCGGGUCGACGUGCUACCGCUGGGCUAAGUAGCAGCUUGUACAACGACUUCCUCGCUGAGAACACCCGACUGAGUGAGCCCUUGGAGCCUACCACGCACUCACUUCAUUCGCUGGAGAUCAACACACUCACUCCCAGCGGCACAGCGAUCGGACUACAGACGUGUGUGCUCGCCUCAUUCUUCAAGGCCGCAGUCAAGCGCAGUGUCGAGUCGGCGCUGGCAUGUGAAAGCCAGCUCAACUCCGUCAUCACUUCUAGUCUUCGUGUGAGUUCGUCGCGUCAUUUGGCGCUUCAGGCGCACCUCCAGGCCAGUGAUAGCUUGCGCUUCACUCUUGAAGCCCAGGAGUCCGCUACAGACAAGGCACCGGCGUCUUUCGCGCGCAUUGGGGCUGAUUAUAAGACGCAGAAAUUUUUCGCUGGAGCCAAGAUUGAUGCAGUCAAUGGACCGACACUGCAGGCCACACUAGGAGGAAAAGUUGGAGACAUUGCUAUGGGGAUUAUUGGAGCUUACGACGUCGGACUAGACCAUAGCGACAGACUGGGCAGGUUUACUACACUCAACGUUGCUACGAGUUAUACCCACGAAGACCUGCUCGCUUUGCUACAAGUGAAUGAUGGAGGACGCAAGGUGCAAUUGGACUUGACCCAAACAGUGUUACCGGAGCUCAUGGUGAGCUCAAGGUUUGUGUUUGAUCGAAGGAAAGACAAACGAUCGCUUAGACUCAUGGGCAAGUACGCCUUAAAAGACACAGAGACUGUGUCUAGCUCCAUUGGCUCCGAUGGCAUCUUCGUCGGAGCUUUCGAAUGGCGCACCUCUAAGCACCUAAAGACGCGCGUGUCUGCUCAAAUGGACUUGCGGCACUACGACAGCGACUCGCACCACCUCGGCGUGUCCAUAGAGAUCAGCUAAGAACCAGGUUAGCCAGUAAAUAUAAAGGGACAGAAACAUCAACACAGCGCCAAAUGAAGUAGACAAAGCCCACGUUCUGCAAUGUUU